CCUUGCUAGCUCGGCCAUUCGUAAGAAUCCGAUCUUUAUUUUGUGUCUCGAUCGGUCUAACUAGUCAGAUCGAAUUAAUAGACUAGAUUAGAUUGGUGAUUUCCCCGUGAGAAAUUCUGGAUGUGGAAAAAAAAUUAGGGAUUUAUAACUAUAUAACAUAAAUUGAAAAGUGGCACACAAAAAAUUGUGAUACAUGGAUCCAACAUUAGAUGUAUCUACUCCAAGUCCUAAUGUCAUAGAGGAGGAUUUGAACUCUUUUUGGCAAUCUAUCUAUGAAAAUUCCAACAAAGUCCAAAAGCUUGAGGAGCAAGUUGCCGAGGUUCAAAAGUUCUACAGUACCAUUAAUGAUCAAGUUAAUGAUGCCAAAGACAAAGGGCGGGAGAAGCACGUUAUUGGCACCAAAAGGUCACAGCAAGGUGGAUCAAGUAGGGAAGCUAAUUCUUCAAACACAAUGAAAGAGGUUAUGCACCAGUUUUCCAUAAUAUUUCAUCAGAUAACUCAUCAAAGAUGGGCUUGGCCCUUCAUGGAACCUGUAGAUGUUGAAGGUCUUGGGCUGCAUGACUAUUAUCAGAUUAUCGAAAAGCCUAUGGAUUUCGGAACGAUAAAAAGGAAAAUGAAUGCUAAGGAUGGUUCUGGUUAUAAGAACGUGCGUGAGAUAUAUUCUGAUGUCAGGUUGGUUUUUGAGAAUGCAAUGAAAUACAACGGUGAAAAAAAUGAUGUCCACAUUAUGGCGAAGACAUUGCUGGAAAAAUUUGAGAAGAAAUGGCUGCAGCUAUUACCUAAAGUUGCUCAGGCGGAAAGAGAAAAGGAAGAAGCACGUGUGCUGUUGGAAGCGAAGCGUGCUCAAGAAGCUACUUAUGCCAAAAUGACAAAGGAUAUAAGACAUGCGCUGUGCGAUGUUGAUGAGCAGUUAAAGAAUCUCAAAGAAAUGGUGAUUAAAAAGUGCAGGAAACUAUCAACUCAUGAGAAACUGGCACUUAAGAAAAAUUUAAGCAGACUGAAUGGUGGCAAUCUCCUCAAGGCAAUGAGCAUAAUUCAUGAGAUUGACCCAACCUUCCAACAUGAUGCUCCACAGGUCGACCUUGACCUUGAUCGUCAGAGUGACUUCAUACUGUGGAAACUAAACCUUUUUACCAAAGAAGCACUGGAAGAUCAAGACAAAGCUGCUGCUGAGGAGAUGGCUGUUAACCACAACGUUAACACUGAGGACCAGAAAAACACCAACAAAAGGAGGAAACUGUGACUCUUUUGCCAAAGAGAUCGGUGUGAAGAACUGAAUAGCUAUGUACUUUGUGAUUCACUUGUGCAGUACACAAGGCAUUAUCUUAGCUUUGAUUGAGCUGGAUGCUCAAGAAACUUGUAGUGUUUGACAUGCAUGCAUAGCUUAGACCAUUGUCACAUUUAGUAAUUAAGGUCUUUUAUUUCGACAACUUUCAACAUUUUCAAACAGGUUUUUUUAUUUGAUAAAAAUAUUCAAACAGGCUUUUUCUCUUUA